AUGUAUAAGAAUGAUCAGCAGGGUCAAGAAGAGCCAGCCAAUUUAAAACUCGACAUUCAUCUUCAGGUUCUGGAUGGUAAUGCUCACGUAGAACCAAAAGAACAAGCAAGCAAACAAAUGCAACAAGAUUUUGUGAGUGAAAAAUGUAGGGGAGAACAGCUGAACAAGGAGCAGGAGCUGGAGAAAGGGACAAGAAGAUCAAGCAGGGUAGCUAAGAGAAACAGGAAAAAUUAUGGUUUAGAAGAGCAAACCAAUAAGGAAAUUCAUGUUCUGACUCAGAGAUUGGAAGGCCUUGAUCCUGAAGAACCAAAUGAACAAAUACAACAAGAUCUUGCGAGUGAAGAGUAUAACAAAGAUGAGGAGCAGCAGCUGAACACUGAACAGGCACUGGAGAAGAUGAAGAGAAAACAAGGAAAGCCACAUAAAAAUGUUGUUGAAGAACUGAUCAAUUCAGAGUCUGAUUUUCAACGUCAGGAGCUGGAUGAUGCUCAAAAUGAAAACAAACAAAUGCAACAAGGUUUUACGAGCAAAGAAUGCAAAGAAGCUGAGGACCAACCGCUGAACCGGGAACAUGAACAGAUGAUUCUAAAAGCAAUUGAAAACUUGAAUGAGGAAGGAGGUUCUACUGUGGUGACAAUAUCAGAGUAUAUUUUGAGAGAGAAUUCAAACUCGCCAUGGGCUUAUACAGUUUUACUUUCACGCCAUCUUGGGGAACUCUGUCAGCGUAAUGAAAUUUUUGAGACGGUUGAAGAUUACUAUGCACUUAACCGCCCCCCAAUCACCAAAAUCUGCCCAACUUCUAGUCCCGAUGAAUGCAUUAGUUCUAAGCAUGGCUCUGACAGAAAGAGAGUGAACCCGAAAACUAUCCAGAAGAAAGAUUCUAAAAGGAGAAAGGAGGGGAAGUUUGGUAAAUGUAACGUUAGAGGAAAAAAAGUGCUGACGAACACGGAUGACGAAGCAACUGAGGAAGAAGAUUUGGUGAGUCGGGAAUGUUAUGAAGAUGAGGAACGACAAUUGAACAGUAGAAGACCGGGUAAGGCACUAAAGAGAAAGAGGAGGAAAAUGGUUUUGGAAGACGAAGAAGAAGAAGAAAUCGAUGUUCAAGGGCAGCAGAAAGGGAGAAGGCUACCUAAGAGGAGGAUAAAAAAAGUUGUUCAACAAGAAGAAAGCAAUCUAGAAAUGGAUGGUAAGCUUCAGAGAUUUGAAGAUGGUGCUCGAAAAGAACCAAACAAAAAAAUGCGACAAGAUGUUGUGAGUGAAAAACGUAGGGGAGAACAGCUGAACAGGGUGCAGGAGCAGGAACCGCAGAAAGGGAAGAGAAGAUCAAGCAGGGUACCUAAGAGAAACAGGAAAAACAAUGAUAUAGAAGAGCAAACCAAUAUAGAAAUUCAUGGAUUGAAAGACACUGACCCUGAAAAACCAAAUGAACAAGCACAACAAGAUGUUGAGAAUGAAGAGUGUAACAAAGACGAGGAGCAGCAUCAGAACAAAGAACAGGCGCUGGAGAAGGGGAAGAGAAAACAGGGAAAGCCACAUAAAAAUGUAGUUGAAGAACCGACCAAUUCAGAAUCUGAUUUUCAGCCCCAAGACCUGGAUGAUUCUCAAAAUGAAAAUGAAUGUAGAGAAGCCGAGGAGCAACAGCUGAAAAGGAAAGGAAAACUAGGAAGGCGACAGCAGCAGCUACAUACUUGUAGGCCCAAGACCAAAUCCAUUGAAGGUCUAUUAACGAAACCUUCUGCUCACUUACUGCAAUCAUCGAGUCAGAACCGUCUUCAGCUUGGGGAUAGGAAGCACAUAAAACACGAAGGAUCCGCUAAACCUCAGGAGAUUAGACGAUCUACCCGCAUUUCCAUUGCAACCUCAAAGAAAAAGGAAUACAACAGUGCAACUUGAAGGAGGGUGUUCAAUACCAUUCUCAGUAAUCCAAGCUCUGCAAUUGGUUCUCUCAUUCAAUACCACAUUUUGAUUAUUUCAUUCCUGUUUUCAACAUUUUAGUUAGCAUCAACUGGGACUACAUUUUUGCUGGGC